GGGAGCCCUGGCUGAGGUGGGUGGGGGAGGGCAGCGCCCACUUGGGAAGGCCCAGAUUGGAGAUUAUUACAGAGUCCAGCUGUCCUCUGACACCAGCCCAGCCCGCCUCGCUGUGUGGCCAUGAGAGCGGCCUACCUCUUCCUGCUGUUCCUGCCUGCAGGCCUGCUGGCUCAGGGCCAGUAUGAUCUGGGCCCGCUGCCUCCGUUCCCGGACCACGUCCAGUACACCCACUACAGCGACCAGAUCGACAACCCGGACUACUAUGAUUAUCAAGAGGUGACUCCUCGGCCCCCCGAGGAGCAGUUACAGCAGGUCCAACAGCAGCAGGUCCAAGAGGAAGUCAUCCCAGCCCCCACCUUAGAACCAGGAGAUGCAGAGACGGAGCCCACGGAGCCUGGGCCUCUUGACUGCCGCGAGGAGCAGUACCCGUGCACCCGCCUCUACUCCAUACACAAGCCCUGCAAACAGUGUCUCAACGAGGUUUGCUUCUACAGCCUCCGCCGCGUGUAUGUGGUCAACAAGGAGAUCUGUGUCCGCACAGUCUGUGCCCACGAGGAGCUGCUCCGAGCUGACCUGUGUCGGGACAAGUUCUCCAAAUGUGGCGUGAUGGCCAGCAGCGGCCUGUGCCAGUCUGUGGCGGCCUCCUGUGCUAGGAGCUGCGGGGGCUGCUAGGCUGGAGCUGGCACCUGGAGCCCUGUACCCUGCUUGGAUCCGGGGCCCUCGGCCCUGCCUUACCUGGUGCUUCCCCCAGCCCAACAUGCCUUUGAUUCUGUAAAAAGUUAGUGGACUGCGGCCC